GACAAAGCGUGAGUGUCUAUCAUGGCAGAAUUUACUAUUCUCAAGGAAGAUAUUCGAGGUAGAAUUGUUCAGCCGUCAGAUGUUCACAAGUACGACCUUGAAAUCAAGAAGCUUUGGAAUGCGUGUCUGCAUAUAAAACGGCCGAUAGCUUUAGUCCAACCCAGAGAAAAAGACGAUGUCGCAAAGACUGUCAAGUUUUGUGUAGACAAUAAGCUCGAUAUUUGUGUCUGUUGUGGUGGAACUACUGAAGUAGCCGUACAAGACAACGCCGUCCUGAUUGACCUGUCUCUGAUGUGUGAUGUUAUUGUAGAUGUUGAUAAUAUGACUGCAGUCGUUGAAGGUGGUGCAUUAGUGGCAGACGUGGAUCAGACUCUCCAUAAACACGGCUUAGUCACACCACUGGGGAGUUUCUCUAAACUGGGCGUGGCUGGUAUGACCCUGAGGGGAGGGUUUGGCUUCCUAACAAAGUGUUAUGGAGUAACUUCGGACAGUGUUUUAGAGUAUGAACUAGUAACUGCAAGCGGUGAAGUGAUCAAAGUCAAUGCUGAGGAAAACCAGGACUUGUUCUGGGGAAUGAAAGGAUUUGGCACGAAAUAUGGUAUCGUCACGUCCAUGAAGUUCAAAGUGUAUCGAAUGCCGGACUUAAUUGUUGGUGGAACGUUAUACUACCCACUUUCACGUGCUAAGGAAGUAGUUAAGACCCUGCUGGACUACUACGAGCGAAGGAAUGAUAACUGUUUGUCUUUCCACGCCAAGUGCUUUGUUUUGCCCAUAGGACCUGAAGUUUUGAUAAAACUGCAUUAUAACGGUUCUGUCACCACUGGUGGGGAAAUCGUCCAAGACAUUGAAGACCUCACUCACCCGAUCAAAAACACCUGUAGGCCAAUUGCGCACUGCGACUUUCAGAGUCAAGGAGAUGAAAUGCUUCCUAGUGGGAAGUACUGUUGUGCUGCUCCUGGAGCUUGCCUGUCAGAGCUCAAAGACGAGGUUGUCGACCUCCUCAUUGAUGGUAUUCAGAAUGUUCCAGACCAGAAACGAUCCUUCACCGGUACAUACGUCUCUAUCUUCGCAUUAGCUGCCAAAUCAAACAAAAAUUUGGCAGACGGCACUAGCUCGUACCCUUUCCCUGGCACCUUAAGGUUCUUUUUGGGAAUGAAUGGCGCGACUGACAAAGAGAAGAACGUAGAUGCCCUCAAGCAAUGGAUGAAAGAAGUCUUUAGUGGCAUCCACAACUAUGGCCUUCCUCCUUUUGGCGGGAAACCAGAAGAACCAGAAAAGAGGCUUAAACAGCUGAAACUAAGAUACGACCCACAAAACAUCUUUCACUAAAGUUGUAGCAAUAUAAAACGCCAAAGAUUAGAAUAUACAUAUUUAAUUAUGCCUUAGACACUAAACACUGAAAAGAUGAACAUCAGACGUCCCAUUCUUUAUCAGCAUAUAAAAACUAUCAACUAAUAAAAAGUAUAGAUAACAAAUGAA